AUGGCAAAUAGCUUUUCUGGCUUUUCCGGCUUUGCAACCGGCGAAACACCAGAGUCGCGCUCCUCACGCUUCAUUUGGCAGCUCAGGGGCAAGGACAGCUAUAGUUACCAGCACAACUACGUGGAUCGGGUGCGUUUAGAGGACACCACUGGUGGACACCAUCACAGCAACCACCUUCAGCAAACCACCCAUGAUCCGAGGUGUCCACAGCUGAGAGCCGCUGGCUGGAGGCAUACCCACAAAUCCGUUUCCCAUCUCGACUUGGCCACCAGCUGUCAUGAAGCAGCUGGCUCUGGCUUAGGUCGCCACUCCCAGCAGCUCCUCCAUCAUCAUCACAACCAAGCGAAUCCGCAACAGCAGCAGCAGCAGCAGAACCACCACCAUCUGCAUCACUCACACCACUCUCAUCAUCCACACGCCCAGCCCCACUGGACCCAGUGCCGGGUGGGCGUGGCCGGAAGCGGAAACGGGCAGCUGAGAAACGCUCGAUCACUGGACUAUACCCAGCUCGAAAGGGAGGAGAACGCCUUGGAUAUUGCCGAGUUCUAUUGGCGUUUCGAUGCGGAAGCUCCGCUAGACCAAGUCGAUAGCUACGCGGUACUUCCAAUCAACGAUAACUUUGAGCCCUCUUCACUGACAUCAACGGCUGUUGGCUCCUCAAAGGAGGCGGCGGCAACCACAACCAACACAUCCGCAAGCUCUGGCAAGGCAAAUGUUGGUGCAACAACCACAGCAGCAACCACAGCCGCUGCAAACGCCUUGCUGGACAUUUUGGGCAGCGAAUCGUGCAGUUUGAGAAGAUCGCGAAGUUUGGCCGUAAUACGUGAGGAGACAUUUAGCGACCUGCAAAUUGGAUCGGCAAACAGCAGUCGUCGUCGAUCGCAGCUAAUACCGCGUGCCCGGCUCGUUAAUCGCGGAUUUUUCCGUGAAUCGCCCAGGUCUCGGCACAAUUUCCAGUUUAAACAAUACAGGCCGCCGGCCAAAUUGUUGCGAUUGAACGGCAAACCGAAUCAGGCGACCUUGGUGGGUGAGCAGACAGCAGAUCAGCUGGCGGAUGACACCCACAGCCAGAGAAGCAACUCGGGCACUUGCGAUUCGCAUCAGCAGCAGCAGCAGCAACAGCAGCAGCAGCUACAACAGCAGCAGCAACAGCAACAUCAACAGCAGCAACGGCAAUCGCGUGACUUUGAUGUCUAUUAUGAUAAUCUGAAACGCUUGGACGCCUUGGCUUUGGGUCUGAGUGAGCAACUGCAUCCUUGGCACAACGACAAGAGCGACUUGGAGAGCUUGAACUCGGACUACUUCAAGAACUCCCUGCAUCAGAACCAUCUAGAUCAACAGCAACCUUCUUCCCUGGAAUUUGAAGCCCUCGAACAAGUCGCUGUUAGUUUACUGAAGGAAAGACCUAGGAUCUAUCAAUCCAGACGACAGCAGCAGCAAAGGAAUCAUCACCACUCCAACUGCCUACAACGUCACUUGGAUACAGGUGGAGAAUCCUGUCCAGAACACAGUCAAAGUAGCGUUUUUCCAGAGACCACCACCAGUAAUUCGGAUGAUCAAACAGAUAGUCCUUCGCUUUCGGAACAGGAAUACGAUUUAACCCACAUCGAGGAGAUCUACCAACAGGGCAAUCACGUGGAGGAGAGCUACGAACUGAUUAGUCUAACCACCACUACAAGGACACGAUUCGAGAGCAGCGAGGAGGGUGAAGAAGAGGAGACCGGUGAGGAGGCUGUGGAAAGUCUGAAAACGCCCACGGAACCACAAACCAGCGACACGGACAGCACUUUAAGGCAAAACAACAACAAAGAUCAGUUGGACAAGCUGAUAGCCUAUGAUUCGGUGUAUCUCUCCUCGGAAGACAGUUCAGAUUGCACUUUGAUUGGCGAGAGUUGCGAGUCCUUUGAGCAGCGAACUUUCACUAGUUGUGGCGAAAGUGGCGAGUUGGAAACCCGCAGUUUACUACACAUUUCCAUAGAGGAUACGGUCUACGAGCCACAAGCUAAGCAGCACAAGAAGAGCGUUUAUCAGGAAGAUCAACCUGCACCCCUGCUAACCUCCACAGCCAAAGUUGAGGCUCAGAUCUUCACCCAGGUACUGAAAGUAGAACAUACACCCAAACCCAAGAUCCUGGCAGUGGUGGAGAAACGUAAACUCAAGCAAGAGGAAGUCAAGCAGCAACCGCCGGAACUGAAACGUCAGGCAACGGAUUCCUUUGUGUUAACCCCCAAUAAAUCCAAUCUCACAGAGAAUCAAUACCAUAGCCUGCCGGAUGUCAAUAUAGGAGUGAGUCUGAAGGUUUGCGAGAAUAUAGACAAGGAGCUGAGAUCGUCCUACAACCAGCAGAGGCAGCAGCAACGCAAAGAAGCCAAAAAGGAGCAGCAGGUGACCCGGGCGGAGACCUACGAUUCCAUUAGACGUUUCGGACGGGCCCAUCAGAAGGCCAGGCAAAGGGAGUACCAGGAAAGGGAAAGGGAACGCGAAAGGGAAGCUUCAGUAGCUCAACAGGAAAAGGAUAAGGAAAGGGAUAAGGAAAAGCCAAAGAUAAACAAGGACUUCUCCGCACAGGAGCGGCAAAUUGAUGUGAAAGAAACGUCAAAGACACGAGAGUUAAUCAAGGGAAAAGAGGAAGUUCCAAAGGCUAAAGAAGAGGAGGAGGAGGAAGAGGAACCACUGCCACCGCCGCCGCCACCUUUCGCCGAGGAAUCUCAAGCAGAGGAUACACCAACGGAUGUAGAAGAAGAGGAGGACAAUCUAUCUGUAUCCAUUGCCCAACCGGAACAACCCAAAGAGGCGCCCGCCAUUGAGGUGGCCAAUUUCAGCAGGCUAAUCGAGCGUCGUGCCCAGGAAAUCCGCGAGCGACAGGAGCAAAUUAAGGAUACGCCAUCCUUUCAAAUCAUCGUCACCGACGCCCAGAACAAUAUCAUCCAAAAGGAGGCCAUCCAAGAGAACAAACAUCACGAAACCACACCGCGGACUAACACCAACCCGACGACGAAACCAAAUUCAAACUCAAAUUCAACUUGUAAUCCCAUUCAACGCCCUCUUCGCCGCUCGGUGAGCUCUUCGAGUGGCAAACCGCUGGAACAUCGCAUUCUUAGCACCGGUGCUCCAAUUUACAAGGCUCGACCUGUCAAGGUUCUGCCCUCCUCCAGCAGCGAUUCAAGCUUUUCCCGGGGCAAAAUGUCACGACCCCAGAUACUGCAUGUUGUCGAUGGCAGGGGUGGGUUGGCAGGUGGCACCCUGCGACGUCGGAGCAGUGCUCGGAGCUUAGCCAGCACAAUUAGCUCGACAGGAGGCGAGGUGGCUAAUGAAUAUCUGCAGAAAGUAGAUGCAGUCAGAUGCUAUUGGAACAAGCUGGCGGGCAAUGAACCAGAAACACUAAAAACAGAACAGCCGCCAAAGGAAACCCAGCCAGGCAUUCACUUCCAGUUGGGUGGAGAAACCACAACACAAUGUACGGAUAAAUCCCUCCCGGCUGGCAAUGAUUUCUGCAGCAUGAUGCCACAUCCAUCCAUAGAGAUUGUGGAGUUGGGUGAGGGUGCUCAAAAGGCCACCAUUGUUAAGGCUGCUCCGGAGCAGGAUGAGGAUCCAGAUGAGGAUCAGGACCAGUUCGAUCAUAUAAGGUAUAAGGUUCUGAAGUCUCAGCAACUGAUACGCAACAACUUCCUUUCCACGCGAAACAAAAAGGAGGCUCAGUUCGAUGGCCUCAUUCAGUACCUGCAGGAAUAUAGCUUCCAGGAGUUGCUGAGUAAUAACAAUGUGGUUAUAGUGGAGCCUGUGAGGACCAAAAUAGAACGACCUUUACAGGUUGGCAUUAAUAAUGUUACCACGACUACAACUAUUCCACCACCAAAACCUCCAAGGGUAGUGAAUGCCUCUGGCUCCCAGCCACGCAAAACCCGGCAAAGACAAAUUGGAGGAGCUGCGGCCAAAAGGCAUUUCUUCUACCAACCCGUUAGGGUAAACAGAGAGCUCUACGAAGAUGAACUACCAGAUCCUGAUACAGUACGCAAUGUUCGUCGCUUCUUCGAGCAGAAUGUCCUGCCCACGCCUGGCCAGGGAUUGCUAGUGCAAUCCCAGCAAAAGUUUGGUGGUUCUGCCUGUCAACUGAGUCCCAAAUCAAGACGAGCCAGGGGCUAUCGAUACCUAACCAUCGAUACGAGUUACGGGGGAGCUGGUGAAGAACAGCCCAAGGGUAUGGAACUACUGGAGGAGCACAAGGCCAAGCACUGGGACAAUGCGAGUUUAUCGAGUGGAAUUUCCAGUGGUGAUUUGAGUUCUCCCUGCGGGGAGUAUCAGCAUCAGGAAUCACCGGUCAUGGCCUGCAAAGAUGUUCAUGUCCAGGACGUUGUUCGACGACACAAUAGCAAUGCUGCCAAUGCCAAAGCUCGUGCAAAAUUCGCCAGUCGACGCACCUGGUGUAUGGGUUCAGGUUCUGGUGGAGGAACAGGAGCAAAUGAGUCCCUUUAUCGGCAAAUUUAUGAAAAUAAUUUAGGAAAUUCCGAGCAGCAGGAGAAUGGCGAGCAUCUGGAGGAGGAGGACGAUGAACAGGAUGACCAGUACGAGGAUGAUGUGGAGCAGGAUAUGUGUGAGAACUAUUACGUCAGCAAUGACGUGCUGGCCAAGAUAAGGGAGUGCGGCUCAACUGUCACCUACUACGGAGGACGGGUGCUGGAUAAGACCGCAGCCAGCAGCACAGUUCCGCCCACAAAGCCCACUCAGCCGAUGACAGGGAGUGGCACCCGCUCCCGAAUACGUCAAAUAGAGGCCUGCAAUGUAUGCCUGCCGAGCGAGAGAUGCGAACAUCGAUUGCAAACCAAACAAGCCUUGGAAGAACAACAGCAGGACUCAUAUCAAGGCAUCAAAUUUAAGCUGGUCAAGUCCAACAGCUGCAGCAGUCGCCUGGAGCUGGCCGGAACUGGAGAAGAUGAGGUCAGCGCCGAUAGCGAAGUGGUUCGAAAAAUGGUUCAUCACUUCGAGGCGAAUCGAACGACGACGGCCGGCAAUGAUGUCCAGCUGACCAUCAACAGUCAGAGUCAGAUAACGUUGUCCAAGGAGAAGGAGUUGGAGAUGGAGAGGGAGCUGAAGGAGCGGAAGGAUGAGGUCCCGCGACGCCAAGUGACAGUAAAUAAUCACAUCAAUGUGCUGGGGGACAUGCCCCAGGAGCUCGAGAGGGCUGAAAACUUUAAUGGUCACCCGGAGAAUGGUUACAACGGCUUUACUAUGGACACAACAUUCCCCACAUACGAAAGUCAGGCCAUGAACAUACGCCUUGAUGUGACUGAGAAUAAGAACAGCCAGCAAACUGGUGCUGCCACUGCUGCUGCUGCUGCUGCUGCUGCCAACAAAGUUUGUCGCAAUAAAAACGUUGACUUGGCCUACACUCUGGUCAAGACAACGACAAAUCCUCCCAAGGGCAAGCCCAUCGAAGCUCCGCGUCAGAAAAUUGGAAUUCGAAAGCAGCAACAGCGCGAAGUGGAGGAAAAUUCGAGCGAAACGAUUGCCGUGACAAAAACCAUCAAACUGACCAAGGUCUCGCCACAAAUCAUAGUUCCCGUGGAUAUUCACAGUCAAACCUCGAUAGCUGCACCAGCAGCUCCCAUUCCCGAGCGUCGUCUGAGCAAUGCCAGCAGCAGUAACUCUGUGGUGGACAAGACCGUAGUUCGUCAUUAUGUGGCCAAUGAUAAGAGCAUCUAUGAGCGUCGCAAAUACGAUGAGAUUGAGUUCGAGGAGUUUGAGGUCUACGAUCCCAGCAAGGAGCCACCACCUGCACCGGUGGAGGAAACCCCCGAGAAAAUCCCCACAGAUGCAGAGCUCUAUGACAGUCUCGAUGAUAAAAUGUAAACGAAAACUAAAUGCUCAAAAAAAAAAGGAAAGGAAAAUCAGCAACGAUUGAGGUUUCGGGUUAAACUAGCUUUAACCAUAUUGGUAGCCUUAAAUUAGCUUUACAGGUAAAGCCAAAAAGUUUAAACCAUAAACCAUAUCCAA